GUGGUGCGUUCGGCCCCGGCAACCUCGUCUCCUACGGAUACGAUCUCGUCGGUGACGACUACGAUGGCAGCAACACCCCCGUCGAGGAUGCUGAUCCUUAUGACGGCUGUGGUGGCCACGGCACCCACGUUGCCGGUAUCAUUGCUGCUCAGGCUGGCAACAAGUACGGCAUCCUCGGUGGCGCCCCCGGCGUCACUCUUGGUGCCUACAGAGUCUUUGGCUGCGAUGGCAGCGCUGCCAACGAUGUCCUCAUCAAGGCCUACCUGAUGGCAUACGAGGCCGGCUCGCAGAUCAUCACUGCCUCUAUCGGUGGCUCCUCUGGCUGGAGCGAGGAGCCCUGGGCUGUGGUCGUCUCCAGAAUCGUCGAGGCUGGCGUGCCCUGCACUGUCUCCACCGGCAACGAUGGCGCCAAAGGUCUCUUCUACGCCAGCACGGCGUCCGAUGGCACUCGUGUCACUUCCAUUGCCUCUUUCGACAACGAGUACACACCCACCCUCUCCAUCGAGUCGACCUUCACCAUCGACAGUGGUGAGGAGACUCCUUUCGGCUGGACCCCAGGUGAGCCUUCGGAGUGGGCUGGUGUUGACCUUCCUCUGUGGGCUACCAGCUUCGAUACUGCCGACCCUGCUGGCGGCUGCACUCCUUAUCCCGAUGACACCCCUGACCUCUCCGGCUUCAUCGUCCUGGUCCGCCGCGGCUCCUGCACCUUUGUGCAGAAGGCUCAGAACGCCCUUGCCAAGGGCGCCAAGUACAUCAUCUUCUACAACAACAGCCCCGUCGGUGCCGUCGGCCCCUCUGUCACUGCUGUCGACGGCAUCCUCGGCUCCGCUGGUGUCUCAGCUACUCAGGGCGCCGCCUGGGUCCAGGCUCUUGCUGCUGGCUCCACCGUCACUCUUCAGAUGACCGACCCCGAGACCAGCGAGAAGAUCCUGACCUACCCCCGCAACGAGCUCACCGGCGGCUUCGCCAGCAGCUACACUACCUGGAACCCUACCUUUGAGCUCGAGGUCAAGCCCCAGAUUGCUGCUCCCGGUGGUAACAUUCUGUCUACCUACCCUGUCACUCUUGGCAGCUACGCUGUGCUCUCGGGUACAUCCAUGUCCUGCCCUCUGGCCGCCGCCGUCUUUGCUCUUCUCGCCGAGGUUCGUGGCACUUUUGAUCCUGCCACGCUCGAGCACCUCCUCGCUGCCACCUCGAACCCUCAGAUGUACAACGAUCUCACGGCCACUAGAUACGGCGUGCUCGCCCCUGUCGUUCAGCAGGGUGCCGGACUCAUCCAGGCCUACGAUGCGGCUUUCGCCACCACCAUCCUCAGCCGCUCCAGCAUUGCCUUCAACGACACCGACUAUCUCGAGCCUACUGCCAACUUCACCAUCAAGAACUUUGGCACCGAGGCGGUUAGCUUUGAUCUUGGUCACGUCGGCGCCGUCACUGCGUACACCUUCUCGGAUUCCAUCCGUGUCGACCCCUACCCCGGCAUGGAGAUCACUGACGAGUUCGCCACCCUCGAGAUCAGCGAGACCAAGGUUACCGUCCCUGCUGGUGGUGAGGCCGUCGUCUCCGUGACCGUCACCCCUCCUGCUAUCGACGGCAAGCGUCUACCUGUCUACUCUGGCUACAUCACCCUGAACGGCACCAACGGCGAGAGCCUCUCUCUGCCAUACAACGGCGUCGUCGGCAGCAUGAACUCUGUCCGCAUCCUCGACGAUGCCUGGCUGUCCCUGUCCUCUGACCCCCAACACACCCCUAUCACCGGCACCGGCUCGUCCUUCGUCCUGCCCCGUGACCCAGCCACCGGCGGUGCCAACGUCACCUACCCGGUUGCCUCUGCCGACUUGGUCUUCGGCACCCGCAGCCUCGACAUCCAGCUCGUCAAGCUGCCUUGCAACGGCACGGCCACCACGGGCGGCAAGAAGCUCGGCUCCAUCGAGGGCGCGCCUUUCCCUUACCUGCCCCGCGACCCCAUCAACGUGCCCUUUGACGGCACAAUGGCUGACGGCAAAGUCGCUCCCCCGGGCAACUACGUCUUCGAGUUCUCGGCCCUGCACAUCUUUGGCGACAUUGAGGACCCGACCGAGUACGAGGUCCGCCGCAGCGCGCCCUUCACCAUCCGCUACAACUAAGCGAGCAAGACAAGAGAGACGUUCCGGUCUCUUUUCUGUUUCUCCUUUUAUAAUGUAAUCAUGUAUAUGUAAUGGCCAAGGACACACGAAAAGAAAAAACGGGUUCAUGGAAGAAAGAAGAGCAAGAGAAGCAUCGUAGUACAUUCUAGGAUAACAAUGCCAAACUAUGCACACA